CAUGAUGUCUCUGCUGGUGGCCGUGCUGACGGUGGUCUCGUGUGUGUCGGCGAGGAACCUGACGAUACCUGAUGGCUUCAUGUUCGGGGCUGCCACAGCCGCUUACCAAGUAGAAGGAGCGUGGAAUACCAGCGGUAAGGGCGAGAGCAGCUGGGACUACUUGUACCAUGCAUAUCACAUGAAUGAAACGGGAGAUGUCGCUGCUGACUCGUACCACCACUACAAGGAGGAUGUGCGAGCUGCGAAGACAAUCGGGUUAAGUCACUACCGAUUUUCCAUAUCAUGGGCAAGAAUCUUGCCGAAUGGGGACUUGUCUCACAUCAACCAGGAUGGCAUCGACUACUACAACAAUCUUAUCAACGAGUUGCAAAGAAAUAACAUCACGCCUGUUGUGACCAUAUACCACUGGGAUCUUCCACAACACAUCCAAUUUCUUGGAGGUUUCGUUAACGACAUAUUCAUAGAUUACUACGUGGACUACGCUAAGAUUUUGUUCACACAUUUUGGAGACAGGGUCAAGUACUGGGUGACCUUCAACGAGCCUCUGGUGUUCGUGGCGGGCUACGGCUCGGGGCAGUUCCCGCCCGGCGUCACGGCCGUUGGCGUGGGCGACUACCUGGCCACGCAUAACAUGCUCAAGGUGCAUGCGCGGGGGGUGUGUGGACGGUGCGCAGUUCAAGUACUGGGUGACCUUCAACGAGCCGCUGGUGUUCGUGGCGGGCUACGGCUCGGGGCAGUUCCCGCCCGGCGUCACGGCCGUUGGCGUGGGCGACUACCUGGCCGCGCACAACAUGCUCUAGGCGCAUGCGCGGGCCUACCACCUCUACUGCGACCACUUCAGGAGCGAGCAGGGAGGCAAAAUCGGCAUUACUCUGAGCCUGGUCUACCCACAGCCGAAGACUAACUCAGCGGCUGAUCUGGACGCGGCAGAGAGAUAUUUCCAGUUCAACCUGGGGUGGUUCGCGCACCCCAUCUACAGCUCAGAGGGCGACUACCCCGCCAUCAUGAAGGAGAGGGUGGCCAACAACAGCAGGGCGGAG